UAUAUUAGCUUUAAUUAAAGAUGAAAGCAUUGUAGUGGUGUUGUGCAUAUAGUCUUUAGGAAUCAACGCUCCCACGAGUUAGUCGAAGAUGAAAUCUUUGAAAAGUAUUAUCAAAGGUGAGCAAUUAGUGCGUGAGUCUGAGCACUUGCUGCAGACAAUUGGCAGCGAAGCAAAUGCCGCACUGCGCCAAGCCAACUCAGAGCUGGGUGCGUGUAUAGACGAAUUCCGUGAAAUGUCGCUGCAGGUAUCGAAGGAUGUUAAUCAAUUGCAAGAUACUGUGAUGGCGUUGUUCCAAGCGCGUUAUAAUCCCAUUAAGAUAUGCGAUUUUCUGCUAGAAAACUGUUUAGAGCCACUAAUUUUGAAGCCAGUUUCAUUGGACUACAGCGAAGAAAAUCCCGAACAUGUGCGAUUGACACUUUCAUACUCGUUAAAAGAAAUGAGUCGAAGCUUACGUCCUUCCUACAAGAAAUAUCCAAUGAUCAACAAGUAUUCUCCAUUAUCGGCGGUUUCCUAUAUCUUCACUAGAAAAGUGCUUCAUGCACACGUAGCUCGAUUUGGGAUUCAAUAA